GGUCUUUUCCUGCAAUAGCUCUUGUGGACUUCUGGGUGCCUCUGUGAGGACAGCUGUAAUGUUUUCUUCUUCCUCCACAAGAUUUUAAGUAUUGAGAUUCUGAAGAACAAACGUGAAGGAUGCCAUCUGAGAGGUGCCUCAGUAUUCAAGAAACGCUGACAGGUCAGAGGCUUUGCCAAUCCAGUUCACAUAAUGAUGCUGUCUUGGCAGCUCUGAACCAACAAAGAAGUGAUGGUAUACUCUGUGACAUCACCCUAAUUGCAGAAGAACAGAAAUUCCAUGCCCAUAAGGCAGUACUUGCAGCAUGCAGUGAUUAUUUCCGAGCAAUGUUCAGUCUCUGUAUGGUUGAAAGUGGAGCUGAUGAGGUGAAUUUGCAUGGUGUCACAAGCCUAGGUUUAAAGCAGGCCCUGGACUUUGCAUACACUGGACAGAUUCUGUUGGAGCCAGGAGUAAUCCAGGAUGUGCUAGCAGCUGGUAGUCACCUGCAGCUGUUGGAGCUCCUUAGUUUAUGUUCUCACUAUCUUAUCCAGGAAUUAAAUAGCUUUAAUUACUUGGACCUGUAUAAGCUCGCUGACCUCUUUAACCUCACUUUGCUGGAGAAGGCAGUGGUUGAUUUCCUAGUUAAACACCUCUUUGAGCUGUUGAAGAGUCAUCCGGAGGAAGUCCUGAUUCUCCCAUACUGUCUCCUUCGAGAGGUCCUGAAGAGCGACCGACUCACUUCCCUUAGCGAAGAGCAAAUCUGGCAGCUAGCUGUGAGGUGGUUGGAACAUAACUGCCGCUAUCAGUACAUGGAUGAACUUCUCCAGUAUGUCCGCUUUGGCCUUAUGGAUGUGGAUACACUACAUACUGUAGCCCUUUCUCAUCCUCUUGUCCAAGCUAGUGAAACGGCAACAGCACUUAUUAAUGAGGCCUUGACAUACCACCAGAGCAUCUAUGCACAGCCAGUUUGGCAGACCAGACGGACGAAACCUCGCUUCCAGUCGGACACUCUUUACAUUAUCGGUGGGAAAAAACGUGAGAUCUGUAAAGUAAAAGAACUCCGGUACUUCAAUCCAAUAGAUCAGGAAAAUGUCCAUAUAGCAGGGAUUGCAAACUGGAGUGAACUGGCUCCUAUGCCUGUUGGGAGAAGUCACCACUGUGUAGCUGUCAUGGGAGACUUUCUCUUUGUAGCUGGUGGAGAGGGUGAGCAUGCCACAGGCCGCACUUGUGCGGUAAGGACUGCCUGUCGGUAUGACCCCCGUAGUAACUCUUGGGCUGAGUUAGCUCCAAUGAAGAACUGCCGGGAACAUUUUGUGCUGGGAGCUGUGGAUGAGAACCUCUAUGCAGUAGGGGGACGAAAUGAACUGCGUCAAGUUUUGCCUACAGUCGAGCGGUAUUGUCCCAAGAAGAACAAGUGGGCCUUUGUUGAGUCCUUUGACAGAUCCCUUUCAUGUCAUGCAGGAUCUGUGGUGGAUGGACUUCUUUGGAUAUCAGGAGGAGUAACAAAUACUGCACAAUACCAGAACAGGCUAAUGGUCUAUGAUCCUAAGCAGGUGCUGGAUGUUAGCAAGGAAGGGAAAGAAGAAGUAUUCUACGGGCCUACACUUCCUUUUGCUUCUAAUGGAAUAGCAGCAUGCUUCCUUCCAGCUCCCUAUUUCACAUGCCCCAACCUCCAGACUUUACAAGUGCCUCACCACAGGAUUGGCACUAUGUGAGAAAAAGAAUGCACCAUCCAUAAAAGCAAAAGGGGCGGGGGGGAGGGGGGAAGCGCUGCAUACAGCAAUUUCACUUUUGGAUCAAUUAAGCAUGAACUGUUUCUUUAUCUUCUACACAUUUGUCUUAAAGUCAAAUAACAGACAAAAAAAUGAACUUUUUUUUUUCACUAAAGGCUCCAUCCCACAGUCUGUAGCUUCUCUCUGGCCCAAAUUAGGAACAUACACUUCAUACCAACCCAUUUGCCAUUUUCUCUGGGUGACAACUUUUUACUUGCCUCUAUUUAAAAUCUUUGAAAGGCAAUCUGAGUGCACUCAGCAUCCUGCCUGGCCUAUUGUUCCUUGGGGUCUGCACAUUAAAUGGAUUGCCAGUGGCACUGUUCAAAGACAAUAUAAUACAGUGUUUAUAAGCUCAACAAAGACAAUAUUCUAUUAUACUAAAUUAUUCAACUUCCUAGGUACCUGUGGCAAAAAAGGAUAAAUGCAUUGACCUUCAGUUCCUAACUUCAUCACCACUAAAGUUUUUCAUUUAACAAAACUUACUGGAAGUUUAGAUAGUGUGAAACAUAAUAAAACAAAAAACAAAAAAAAAUCAACGCUAAAUAUAUUAUAGGCAUCUACCAAGGAACUGAUUUUUUUCGCAUCUCACUUGAAGUACAGAAGGACUGAGGUUUCAGUGGCUAUUACUGUGCAACUGUAAUGUACUGUACUGAACCUGCUUGUCAAAGAAAUUGAUAUACAAAAGCAUCUUUCUUUAUUUACCAAGGUCUACUUUUAAAUGUUAUCUUCUAUCAGACGAUCAAUUCUUCCUGACACCUUCAAUCUUUUAAUGGUUGGAAAUAACCUCUUUACUAUAUAAUUAAAAUGCACCAUUUACUUAAUAUUUUUAAUAGCCAGUUUGUAAAGGGUUACCAUAUUUACUAUUUACAAUUCUCAAUGAACAGUCUCAUUUAGUCCAACAGAUGGUACCACAAAUCACUGGCCUCCAGAGGCUAAAUCGGUGUAUAAUAAAGUCAAUAUUUUAUUUAUUCUUUCAAUGUAUAUAGUGUCUCCAUGCAAUACUCCAGGUAUAUUUACAAUUUAUAAUAAUAAAACCAAACCAUUAUAUUCUGCUUUUCUCUGGCUAUUGUGACCCCUACCCUUUUUUUUUUUUUUUUUUAAUGUUUUUGCCAUUUAUUUGCAUAUAUGUGACAACAUGGGUAUUUGUAAAUAUUAACCAAGAAGAAUACUAUUAAACCUCUCAGUUGAUGACCUAAAGGCACAGUGCAUUUCUCUGCUCUAUGUACUUAUAGGUCCUGCACCACCAUAAUAUUUGAACAGAUCUCGGACCAUAGAAUUCCUGCUGCUAUUCAUGGGAAUUUCAAGUUCAGAAUAGCAUCUAGGAAUGCCCAGUGCAUUUUUGGAGAGGAGCAUUUUGCUCUUAGUCCAUCGAGAGCUGUUACUGAGUCAAAUAAAUUUGAUCAUACAGAUGGUAACUCUUUUCAGGGCUACUGUUAGUGAUUAAAAGGAAGUUCCACUUAUCCCAUCUGAUUCUUCUUCUUGGAGUUGGCCUUAGGAAACUUUACCUUUUCAAUGUCAGCACAGAUUUUAUAUAAAAAAUUGUUUUGUCAAUUGUCCUAGACAACUUAAAGAUAGACAGGGUAGAAGAGGUCUAACUGCAUAUUUGUCACCUGGAAUAAUUAUCUGAGCACUGACAAUACUUUCUGUCCAUGAAGACU